CAAGGCAGCUAGCCAGCUAUCAAUCAGCCACCCCUCGCAGGCUCCGGUUUGCACAGAGACGAGAGGAGGGAGAGCGAUAAACAGUCAGGGAAAGGAUUAAGAUGGCGUGGGACCAGCCUACGAGAAAUACCCUUUGUCAGUUUGGGGGGUCACCUUCCCUGCUGCUAUGUUACUCCAGGACUGCCCUGAGUCAACUGAUAGAGGCUACCACUGAACCACCGAAAAAGAAGCCAGACCCUGUCACAUCGGAGACCGUGGUGAUCUGGGGCUUGCGUCUAUGGCAAGUGGUGGGGAUAUUUGCCAUUUUUGUCAUGAGCAUUAUCAUCACCCUGUGUUGCAUCUUUAAAUGCCGCAUCCCAAGGACCAAGAAGGAGAUUGAGGCACGCUACGCCAAGCGUCAAGCCGCCAAGACUUACGCAGACAAGCUGGAUUCUGUGCCACCACUCAACGAGCUCACGGAGAUCCCAGGAGGCUCCACCGAAAGCCUCCCCACUCUCUCUGGUCAAGUCGAAUCCCGCCCUCUCACUUCCCUGCCGAUGGUGAAAGAGGAAGACGAAGUAGCCCUGCAGGGCCACUAGGGGGAGCCUUCUGUCUACUACUUCCCUUUGGCUUCUUUUUGCUGUGUUUGGGAGGAAGAUUUGGCUGCAAGGAUUUUUGAGAUUCUGCCAUCUCCUCUCACUUCUGUCCUUCUCUUUCCAGAUUUUCCUUGUCCAGUUCUGUUGUUUUUCUCUUAAUG